CUCAAGAAUUCGAACAAGAUGACGUCUCCAAAGUUGGUCUUAUAUCUGAUGUGUUUGUUAUUGGGAAAAAUCGCUCAGACGACUGAUCAGAAACUAUACUCAAGUGUUCGCCAAGAGAAAAGUUUUAUAUCUGCUAAUGUUGGAGAAAAUGUGACUUUGAGAUGCUACAAUGAAGAUGAUGAUACAGAUUGGCUUUACUGGUUCAAACAAACUUUGGGACAGAAACCGAGGCUCAUCUCUACCUUCCAUAAGUAUACUGCAAGACCCACUUUUUAUCAUGAAUUCAACAAGUCACGCUUCACACUUGAUCACGGAGAAAGUACAAAUCACUUGACAAUUUUAAAUGUACACAUUUCAGACUCAGCUACUUACUACUGUGCAACUUACUCUAACAUUGUGGUGAAUUUUGCGGAAGGCUCUAUUAUUAGUGUCAAAGGUUCUGGUUUAAACCCCCCACCUUCGGUCCAUCAGUCAGCAUCUGAGAUCAUCCAGCCAGGAGACUCUGUGACUCUGAACUGUACAGUACACACUGGCAGCUGUGAUGGAGAACACAGUGUUUACUGGUUCAAAAACUCUGAGCACUCUCCAGGACUAAUUCACACCCGUGGAGGCAGGAAUGAUCAGUGUGAGAGGAAACCCAACACACAAACACACACCUGUGAUUACAACCUGCCAAUGGAGAACCUGAAUCUUUCUCAUGCUGGGACCUACUACUGUGCUGUUGCCUCAUGUGGACACAUACUGUUUGGAAAUGGGACCAAGCUCGAUUUUGAAGAUGAGGUCGACUCUCUUGUGUAUUUCUUAAGUGGAGCUUUGGCGUUCAACUCCAUUCUGGUCGUUUUACUGGCUUUCUUAGUGUACAAGAUGAAAAAGAGAAACAUCUGCCAAUCAACAGAGUCUGAAGCAAGAUUAUCAACUCCCUCUACAGCAAAUGCAGAGGGUUACCGCGAUGCAAACAGCCUCCAUUAUGCUGCUUUAAGUGUCAAUGUGCCCAACAGAUCAAGACGACAGAGGAACAUCAACAACGAUGAAUGUGUGUACUCUGGUGUCAAGCUGUAGACCUACUACACAUUACUUGUGUUGAUUUAAAAUAAGAUUCAGUCAUCUUCCAAAUGUAAAAUAGAAUUAGAAGUAGAUUAAGAGAUAAAUGUAUUUUCCUAGGGGUCUAUAUUACAAAAUUGCAGCCACAUAUUCCUAAUUUACUUCAAAUUUGGUACCAAUUUGUAGAUAAUGUUAGACUUUUUUUUAAGUUUCCUUAACCUUAGCCAAAAUAACUUGUCAUAACAUAUCUUUUUUAAAUUAUCACUUAGUUUCAUGUAUUCAUAUUUUGUAGAAAACUAAAAUGUUGUGCUUUAUAUGCUUUUUUCUGUCCAUUGUAUGUCAUGUCAUGAUCAAAAAGGGCUAAUUGAUUAAAUGGACUCUUUCAUCUUGAGACAAUAUGUUAUAUGCAUAUGUGUUCACUUCCUCAUAUGGCGAUAUCUCUGUUUUUGACAAUCUUCAGACCUCUUUUUAUAUAUUUUUAGCUUGUUCAAUACUAUGACAAAAUAAA